GCUUCUACCGGGGUGGGGGCAGCGCCGAGCACCGCUGCGGGGAGCGGCCACCCACCGCCACCGGGGAUGCAGGGUAAAGUGGCAAUCAGUUUUUCCAGCCCCACUGUUGCAGCUUCGAUACCACCCCCAUCCCAGGCCAGACACACACCCAUCAGCGAGGGGGAGAUCUUCAAGCUUCCAGGCGGGCUGAGAAUCCAGCCCUCACUGUGGAGCAAGGACGACGUGAUCCACUGGCUAAGAUGGGCUGAGAAAGAGUAUUCCCUUCGGCAAACUGACGAAAGCAAGUUUGAAAUGAACGGCAAAGCCCUGUGCAUCCUCACCAAGGAUGACUUCAGAUACCGAGCUCCGAGCUCAGGUGAUGUGUUAUAUGAAAUACUCCAGUACAUUAAGACUCAAAGAAGAGCUCUGGUGUGCAGCCCUUUGCUGAACUCACCCUUCAGGGAAGCCAGGAGCACAGAGGAAGGGACAGACUGUAGAGCUGUCGCUGCCCCAGCUGCUGUUUCCUCCUGCCUGGGUUGUGCAGAACAGCCUGUGUCCUGUAGCUCUGCAGAGCCACUGAACCUUUCCCAUCACAGCUUGGAGGGCAGCUGCAGGGCAGAUGCCAUCUGCUCUUUUCCUACAACCCUGUCAGCCCCAGUGGAUGGGAGAAUUGCAGACUGCAGGUUGCUGUGGGAUUAUGUGUACCAGCUCCUCUCUGACAGCCGCUACGAGCCUUACAUCAAGUGGGAAGACAAGGAAGCCAAGGUCUUCCGUGUCGUUAACCCAAACGGACUUGCCCAGCUCUGGGGGAACCACAAGAACCGGAUGAACAUGACGUACGAGAAGAUGUCACGAGCACUCAGACAUUACUACAAACUCAACAUCAUCAAAAAGGAGCCAGGGCAGAAGCUGCUGUUCAGGUUUUUGAAGACUCCUGGGGAGAUCAUCCAUGAGAAAUCCAGCAAACUGGAGCAGCUGGAGAACGAGGACCAUGAAGAUUUGAAAGAAGACCCACUGGAGGUUUCACUGUAGGAAAUCUUUGAAGGUGGCACUUGCAGUGCAUUGCAGACAGACUUGAGCUCAGCUGGGAAGUGCUGGUGUCUCUUGUCUCCUGGACAGAAGGCCACAGAGCUGGUCCUGGAUUUCAAAACCUGCCCUGAGCCAAAGCUGUGACAUCUCUGGGGCUUCAUUAGCAAAACAUGCCCAGAAACUGUCCCCCAGCCCUGAAAAGUGCAGGUGAAUGUGUGGGCUGGUCUUCUGCUUGCUUCCCUUCUGUCCUGAGGAAGGGAAUGUGAUAUUUCUGCUCUGUAAAUUUUGAUGCUUUUCUUUAAGGUUCGAACUUGCUGGUAAAGACUGCUCCAUUCUUACAGCGAGACAUGCUGAGCAGAGAGCACCAGAGCAUGUGCUCUGGGUCAAGCGUCUACUGAAGUGCUUUUGCAGCAAGCAGUGGCCUGAAGUGUGAACAUGCUGCUCUGAAUCUGAGCCAUUUCCCUGAUUUGAGAAUGGACUUACAUUGCAGAUAUGCUGUAAUCUCACUGUCUCCUGUGGGGU